AUGAGGCCGGAAACCCAUCAUCUCCUCCUUGUCGCCCUCUUUUCGUGCGUGCUCGUCCCCGCGACGGCUGUCUGCGUCCCUCGCAAUUCCUCCAACUCGAUCUAUCAUGCCACAACCUCGCCGCCGGCCUUCGUCGUAAAUUACGGUUCGUCCUCCCGGCCGUCGCCGACGCCAGCUAGUUAUCAGCCUUCCUCGUCCCCACCGCCAUCGCCGCUUUCGCCAGCCAAAUAUGUGCCCUCCUCGUCCCCGCCACCGCCGACGCCAGUCAGUUAUCAGCCGCCCACCUCGUCCCCGCCACCGCCGACGCCAGUCAGUUAUCAGCCGCCCACCUCGUCCCCGCCGCCGCCAGUCAGGUAUCAGCGCAUCUCAUCCCAGCAGCCGACGCCAGCCGGUUCUCUGGGCUCCACGUCCCCCUCGGGCUACUCCUCGCCGUCCACCCAGCUCCCCAUCCGCGACGCCGUCAGCGCGUUGUGCAGCAAGACCGACUACCCCGACGUGUGCAGCUCGACGAUCCAGUCUUUCCCGGCCCUAGUCGGGCCCGUCGACGCCGCCGUGAUGCUGAAGCUGCACAUGAAGGCGUGCCGGGAGAAGGCGCAGAUCGCGCAGUCCCAGGUGUCCGCGCUCGUCAGCCACCCCGGGGCGAGCUCCAAGUUGGCGAGCAGCCUCCAGGUGUGCAGCGACAUGUACGACGAUGUGUUCGACAGCCUCGACACCGCCGCGGACGCGAUGGCGUCUCACGACAAGGGCACGCUGGACAGCAUGCUCAGCGGCCUCAUCUCCGACUUCUCGACGUGCGAGGACGCGUUCACGGAGGAUUCCAUAACCUCACCGAUGGCGGCCGUCGACGACCGACUCACCAAGUUGGCUAGCAAUUGCCUGGCCUUCUCUUCUUUGCUCUGA